CUUUUAUAGGACUGAUAUUGACAUCUUGUGUACUGUCAAAAAGGAUUUCCAAAAUCAAUUAAUGUUUGUUGUUUUAUAUUCCAUGGUACUAAGUUUAGUAGUCAGGCAUUUUCAGACAAAGUUCUCUUGUUUAAGGUCUUAGUUUGAGUUAGUGAUUUAUCAUGGUUAUUGUAAUAGACAACAUUACAUUACUUCGUCUCGAAAACGGGGGACUUGAUGAUGUUAAAAAUAUUUUGAAAAAUUUCAUUGAACAGCACAAACAAGCUUUUGCCUUUCCUGAACUGAACUUAGAUGAUCGCCGUAAAAAACUUUGGACUUUACUAUUUUCACAUUUGGAUAAACCAUCAUCAGCAAUAUGCCAUAAGGAGUGUCUAGCAUGUGUUCGGAUUUUAAGCCGAGAAAAGACAGACCUGGAUGAUCUUUGUUGUGAGAAGUGGAUGAACAUACUGUUGUAUCAUGCUGGACUGGUACCUCAGGAACAGGCUAUGUUAAUGACCAAUCAACCAUUUGAUAACUUUGAUGUGGUACUUGAGGCCAUGAAGUGUCUAUGUAACCUGGUGUUCAACUGUGAACAUGCCCGCAAACUGUGUGGUCACAACCAUGCCAUAGAGGCUAUUAUGAUGAGACUGCGCACAUAUCGGGAUCCUCUACUGCCUCAUGAGAUCAAAUUCUUUGAUAUGAGAAUGUUGUUUGUCAUGACAGCAUUUCAGCCUGAUAUCAGGCCAAGGCUUAAAGAAGAGUUACAUGGCCUGACUUAUCUCAUGGAAAUAUUGGAUCUCAUUAUCAAAGAUGCUUCUGAGGAAGAAGAUCGUCCACAAAAUUCCACUCCAGUUCUUGUGGACAAUCAAGUGCAGCUAGCCAGUGAGGUGCUGAAGGUGUUGUUCAACCUGACCUGCAAGCCUGGAGUGCCGGACGAGGAGGAGGAUGCUCAGCUACUCAGGCUAGAGUCCAUACUGAAGGAGUUGUUGUUGUGUGACACUGAUCCCCCGUCUAACAAGGAACAGUUACAGAGCCAUGUAGUGAAUCUGUUAACGACAAUGCCGGGUCGAUGCCAUCAAGAGCUGAUGGCACCUCUUACCAAAGAUGUCUCCAAGGAGGCAGAGUUUGAAGGCUACAACAUGGAGGCUAUGGCAGUCCUUGUCACCUUCCUCAAUACUCGGCUUGACCAAAAUCCGGUGGUGCAGAGUCUACAAGAAAGAUUAUCGCCAAUAGUGACGGUGUUAUUGGAAUGUGCAAUAAAUCAUCGCCUGUUACGCAAGUACCUACGGUGGCGUAUCUUGCCACCCCUGCGAGAUGUGCAUACAAGACCUGAGGAAGGAACAACGUUGCGUAACAAACUGUGUCGUCUACUCACGUCUCCUGUCACCAACGUGCGUGAUUUGGUUGCUGAGCUGCUGUUUGUACUCUGCAAAGAAAGUGUGUCACGAAUGAUCAAGUACACAGGCUACGGCAAUGCUGCCGGACAGUUUGCCAACCGCGGCCUGUUGGCCCAACACCAAAGCUGCCAACCACAUGGACAGUACAGCUCCGAUAGUGACAGUGAGACCGAUGAGUACUCCAUGUACAAACACGGUAUCAACCCAGUGGUGGGGUGUUACGAGCCUCCACGCCCUGAUCCCACUGCCCACAUGACUGAGGAACAGAAGGAGUAUGAGGCCAUGCAACUUGUCAAUAUGAUGGACAAACUCCACAGACAAGGGAUAAUCAACCCAUGCCGUAUUGGGGAGGACGGCCGACCUGAACCCGUGAGCCACAUCAUGGAGUUGCAGGAAGAGUUGCCACGGCAACAGGUGGGCGGUGGAGCCCGAACAGAUGAUGUAGACUGAAACUUGUCUCUAUACUAGACAGAGACUGAGACAACAAACAGAGCAUGGUCAGCGUCACAACAUUAGAUCUGACUGUCAAUGUGAUUAGUAGAUACUGCUGUAAGCCAUUUUAGUUUAGUAUCUUUUAUCACAAGAUAUCUGUAAGUGUGAAGCUGUACAUUUCCUUCCAAAGAAUAAUUUACUGAUGUACAAAUUGGAAACUGUGCAUGCACCAAUACAUGGGGGGUUUAGAUAGAAGGAAGAGGUGAAAAUAUUGAAUGUGAAGAGAAGAGUUAGGCAAACAUUUUGAUGAAAUUAUCCUAUACAACAUUUUUUCACAUUUAUAUGAUUUAAUCUAAACUUAAUUUAUGGUUCUGAAAAUGUGGCUAUUUUCAAUGAAUCCUUGGAAACGUAAAUCCCUAUUUUCAACAAUUACAUGAUUUUGAGCAGCUCUGUUAAAAAAAAUCCUUUGAUAUUUUAAAUGUGUCAUUUGAUUUAUUAUAAUAUGAAGAAUACAUGUAGCCAACAAGUGAGGCUUUAUCAAGACAAGUCAAGAAUAGCAAUAAUAUUCAUGUUUUUUAUGUGUAUACUACUCAACAAUUUUAAAACCAUUCUCAUAUAUUAUUUUCAAUUUUAGAAUACUAAUUACCAUAUUAAAAUCUAAAACCAGGUAAUAAUGAGUCUGUAAUUGCAGCUUAUUGUAAUCAUAAUAAAGCGUAGGUUCUUUAAACUAUGUGCCAAUUCCGCUUCAUUUAGUGUCUUCAAUAAAAUGAUCAUUAAUUGUUUUUCCUAA